AAGAACCUUGCUGCUUACGUCCGAGAGCCGUGCAGUCACUAAGUCAGGACGAUCAAGGGGCCUAGAUGUUGAGACGCAUCGUGUGCCGAGGCCACAGCAUAAUUUCAUUGUCAUGAUCCAAAGUCCAACUGUUGCAACAACAUGCAGCAACUUCAACUACGGAAAGGACUAGAAAGGAUUUAUCGGGAUAAGGAUCUGAAAUUAUGGGCCCAUGAGGACUGGCCUACAGAGGAAGGUACCCAUCACGGAUGACUAAUACUCACCUGAACAGGGACUGACCUACUGUGGCCAUAGGAUGGUAAAAAGUGUAAUGGUAGCCUAUGCCCUGUGGGCAAUAGGUGGACCCUUGGGCCUUCACCAUUUAUAUUUAGGAAGAGACAGCCAUGCUUUGUUAUGGAUGCUAACCCUAGGAGGGUUUGGGUUUGGCUGGGCCAGAGAGGUCAUACGUAUCCCUGCUUAUGUUGGUGAGGCCAAUCAAGAUGCAGAGAGCGGGAGGAAAAGACCCCACACUACGGUCCCGCCACCUGUAAGCCCCAUCAGAUUUGGUGGUCAGGUGUGUGUUGGGAUAUACUUUGGCACCGUGGCUCUGACAGGACUGAACUCCCUCAGUUUCUUCUACUUGAUUGUUCUGCCUUUAUGUGUGGGUGCAGGGGUACAUCUCGUGUCCAGUGUGGGCCAACAGACCUCCGACCUCCAAAAAACUUUAACUGCCUGUCUCAUAACUUCCCCAAUAUUCUAUGGCAGCACCUUGUCACCUCUCCCUAUUAGCCUGGCUGCCAGCGUCACUGCUGUACAGCACCGCAGGUUCAAAACCCCACGGACACCUCAGGGCACACAGGAACUAGGUCCACGGCUUUACAGGCUCGGUCUAGCUUGGCUGGCCUUCUCUGCUCCGCUGGGUUACUGUGUUUUCCAUAACACCACAGCCACACUGUACUACCUGGCUGACUGUGUAUCAGCACUGCUGGAUAUUUUCUGGUUUGUGCCUUGGCUCAGAAGUGUGUUGGAGUACAUUCUUUUAAUACCAUAUCGGAUCUUGUGUGCUCUUACUGGAGGGGGGUACUAUGAAGAAACUUGGAAAAAGGUGCUGGAAAUACUGCUCAGAGAGUACACUGAGAGAGAAAAAGAGGCACUGCAGGUAUUGUCAUUGGAAGCGGAGGCCUCUCUUGAAGAGAUAACUCGAAGCUAUAGAGAGCUGGCCAAGACAUGGCAUCCAGACCACAACCCCAGGAAGGAUGCUGAAGCAACCUUUGUGAAGAUCCAAGAGGCUUAUGAGGUCCUUCUACAGCGGCACAGACCCCAUCGAUUCAAAUAGUUGCCCUUUAUCCCAUGCUGACUGGCCUGGGUAGUUGCAUGGGCAAAGGGAUGUGAGACUCUUGAUUGCAUUUUUUUUCCAGUCAUAGUUUUCUGUUGUUCACGGAACAUAAAUCAAGAGCAUGCACAGAGACAUCAUCGCUUGUUAAAAACAUACUUCCACUCGUCAAACAGCAGUUUUAAGAGCUGUCUGAUUGGUUUCUUGGCACAGUUUGCUGCCACCUUGUGGCACUACAGAUGUAAUAUCACCAUAAACUAUUUCAUCACAACAAUUUUACUUAUUUUUUUAAUGUCUGCUCGCUCGUUAUUGAGAGCUGAACUGCCACUGCCGUGAACACAUCCUUUCAAUUCAUAGCGUGAAUACUAAAAUUAUUUAGUAAUGAUUAUGUAGUAAAGGUAGACUGACAGACGCCAAACAGAAAGAGAAAUUGUAAUGAAAAAAAAAAAAAAAAAAAAAACCCGCCCUCUCCAUUCUCCACUAGCAUUUCCGGAAGAGAACUUGAUCAUAAACACUGUGUUCAAAUUUUCAAAGAAUGACUUUACUAAAUUUAGCCGUGUACUGGCCGUGCUCGUGGGCCAGUAUUUCUCAAAACAGAUAUUCAUAGGCCGCAGUCUAGUCUGCCUAAUCCUUCCUGAUACUAGUUCUUCUAAUGGCAUAGAUUUCACCCAAUGUUUUGCCACCUGCACCCACAGUUGACAUGCAUCGAUGCAUUCGACAAUCACUGAAUCAAGAGCUCUGUUGUACAAUUAUUCGGUCUGUAUCCCAGCAUGGGCCCGGAAGUUGUUUGGGAUUCCCAGGUAAAGAAAAAAAAAAAAAAAAAAAAAAAA